UCAUACGUCAUCAUUCAAACUCCUGUGCGAGACGAAGCAUAUUCAAAGUCAGAGUCCAACAAGCCUUUAAAUAUGUCUUGUGUGCACUUUCAAAAGGUCUCCUCGCAUAAGGACUAAUUUCAAAUGACCUGGACAUUUCAUUCUACAGUUUUAUCAAAGUGAACCAUGGAAAACCCUGGCAAACCGCACAGGUUCAAGCAUGGGGGCUCAGAGAGGGGAGCAGCAGCAUCAGACAAGGCAGAAAGUCGAAGGGUGCACGACCAGUCUCAGGGACAAGGCAUGAGAGCAGCAGGGGGUCAGCACGGCAAGAAGAACCAGGGUGGCCCCUACAGGGCAAGCCCCAAAAAGGGAGGGUUCGAACCUCUGAGCUACUCCCCUGGUGGACUCAGAAGUGGAUUGAGCCCUUCUCAAAGGGAUGAUGUCCGAUGGUUUUCUGAUCCUGACUACAGCAGUGGAGGUCAAGAAGAUCAUUGGAGAACAGGCCCUCAACAGCCAUGGAGGAGAAUGCAAGGAGGAGGCUUAAAGGGGGACAGGGAGCAAGGCCGAAGGGACGGCACUGAUGGAAAUGCUGGAAAAAGGUGGAGAAACAAGUGGAGAUUUAAAGAGAACGGAGCCGUUGCUGAAGAGGACGCAAACCUUGUGAUUGAAGAGAGUACACUCUCAGUCAAAGAGCUGGAAAGCCUGCAGCAAGCAGAAAAACGGCUCAAAAAGGACGAGGUGUACCGUCUCGUGAAGAAGUCCCGCAGUAACCCUGGUGCACUUUAUGCCUGUGCACUGUGUGACUUUCUCCUGGACUCUUUGUCUGAUGCUUACAGGCAUAUCAGAGACAGGCGGCACAAAAAAAGACUUAGAGAGAGACAAGAGGAGGUGAUGCUGACGGAGAUUCGGCCUCCUGGUCCGGAGCAGGUCGGCGCGGUGACGUCAGCACUGGAGGCUGUCGUUCAGGAACAUGGGAUCAGCGAUCAGGACGUUGAGAAGAGACGGUGCGUCGUCUCUGUCAUGCAAGAGCUUCUUCAGUCCGUCCUGCCUGAUAUCAAGCUCAGGCUUUACGGGUCCUCCUGCACUAAGUUUGGAUUUAAAGACUCUGAUGUCAACAUUGACAUUGAGUGUCCUCAUAUGCAUCAGCCAGAUGUUUUGUUGGUGGUUAAAGAGAGCCUCUCCACAUGUCCUCUCUUCAUUAACCUGGAAGCCGAUUUCCACGCCAGAGUGCCAGCGGUCAUCUGCAAAGAGAAGAAGAGUGGCCUCGUCUGCAAAGUCAGUGCGGGGAAUGAAAACGCCCACCAGACCACCUGUUACCUGUCGGCUCUUAGCAGCAGGGAACCUGUCCUCCUGCCGCUGGUUAUGGGUCUGAGGCGAUGGGCUCGGAUCUGUGAGGUCGAUAACGCCGAGGUAGGGGGGCUGCCACCAUACGCCUUUGCCCUUAUGGUCAUUUACUUCUUACAGAAGCGUAAAGAGCCUCUCCUACCCACUUACCUAAACUCUGAGAUUAAAGGGUUUUCAAUCGGCAGACUGUCAGGCUAUAAUCUCACGCAUACAAAGGAUGGAUGUGUGCACUGGACCUUCACCGGCUCCUCCAAGGAACCAUCACAGCCAGCAGAGCGCUCCUCUACAAAGGGAAAGGUCCCACUGGUGUUUACCGCCCCCCGUCCAACCGUGGAAGCAGGGCGCCUCUGGAUUGAACUGCUCCGCUUCUACUCACUGGAAUUUAACAUGGCUGACAACGUGAUCAGUGUGCGGACCGGCACCGUCCUGUCCCGGGAGAUGAAAGACUGGCCAAAAAAACGCAUCGCUGUCGAAGACCCAUUUGCAGUGAAGAGAAACAUGGCCCGCUCUGUAAACAGCCAGCAAACGUGUGACUACAUCUUACACUGCCUCAAGACCACCUAUAAGUACUUUGCUUCUCCGCUCAGUCUGCCGUCUGCCAAUCACAAGAAAGAGGCCAAGCAGGAAACCGCUCCAGGGUCAGACGUGAGGAAUCUGGAUGAGGAGUUCCUGGACUUGUCAUCUUUCAGUCUGCUCACCCUUCAGUCACUGCACACAAGUCAGCAAUGUGAAGUCCAGAACGGCCCGGAGGACUCGGACUGCAUCAUUGAGGAGGAGGAAGACGUUGAAGAGUGCAGUGACUCGGAUGAGGAAGGGGAGAAAGAAAAGGUGGACAUGGGUAAAAGCAGUCUGUCGGAGGACGAGGAGGAUGAAGAUGUGGGGCAUCGUCGGCACCACUUGGACAGCGUUACCACGGAAGAUGAGGAGAUUUUUGCGGUGGAUGAGCCGUCAGGAGAGGAGCUCUUGUCUGAUGAGGAGGGUUCAGAAUAUGGAACUCCCGCUUCAAUGGAGGAAGAUGAAGAGGAUGUGGAGUUGGCACCUGGCAGGCCUUCUACUGCUCCUGUCCAAGUUAAAAAUGAAAGGCCAGAAAACACUCACCAAAAACAAGUCACUUUUGUUUAUAAGUUCACCCGCCAAGCUUUCACCAGAGGAAAGUCGCACGUAGUCGUGUGCAGCUUGUGCAAGCGGGAUGGCCAUCUGAAGAAAGACUGUCCAGAGGAUUUCAAGAAGGUGGAGCUGCAUCCUUUGCCUCCACUGACAUCAGAGUUUGUCCGUGUCCUCGACCGAGUCUGUGAGCAGUGCUACAAGGACUUUGCCCCAGAUGAACUGGAACUGAGCAUUAGAGAGCUCAUCCUUCAACAGCUGGAGGCCUUUGUGAGGUGCCAGUUUGCCGGGGCUCGGCUGCAGUUGUUCGGCUCGUCCAAAAAUGGGUUUGGCUUCAGACAGAGUGAUCUAGACAUCUGUAUGGUUUUGGAGGGGAAAGAAAACAUAGAUGAUGUUGACUGCAUCAGAAUUAUUGAAAGUUUGGCAAGAUGUCUAAAGAAAAACCCAGAUCUGAAGAACAUCCUGCCCAUCACUACAGCCAAAGUCCCCAUCGUAAAGUUUUACCACAUCAACACCAGCUUGGAAGGAGACAUCAGCCUUUACAACACACUGGCCCUUCAUAACACACACCUGCUGGCUUCCUACGCCGCCAUUGACAGAAGAGUGAAGAUCCUCUGUUACGUCAUGAAGGUUUUUGCUAAGAUGUGUGACAUUGGGGAUGCUUCCCGAGGCAGCCUUUCCUCUUAUGCCUACACUCUCAUGGUGCUGUUUUUCCUUCAGCAGAGGAACCCUCCAGUCAUCCCGGUGCUGCAAGAGAUCUAUUUUGGAAAACAUAAACCAGAAGUCCUUGUUGAUGGCUGGAAUGUGUACUUUUUUGAUGACCUGAAAACCCUGCCCAGUCACUGGCCACAGCAUGGGAAGAACACGGAGAGCAUUGGGGAGCUUUGGCUCGGCCUGCUCCGCUUUUACACCGAGGACUUUGACUUCAAGGAGCACGUCGUCAGCAUUCGACAGCGAGCCCGCCUCACCACCUUCAGCAAACAAUGGACGUCCAAAUAUAUCGUCAUUGAAGAUCCGUUUGACUUGAAUCAUAAUCUGGGUGCUGGAUUGUCCAGGAAAAUGACCAACUUCAUCAUGAAAGCCUUCAUCAAUGGCAGAACACUGUUUGGUACUCCGUUUCAAGUGCUGCCUUCAAUCUAUCCCUCCCACAUGGAGUACUUCUUUGACCCCGAAGUGCUCACUGAGGGUCAAGUGGCUCCCAACGAUCGCUGCUGCCGAAUCUGCGGGAAGGUGGGCCACUUCAUGAAAGACUGCUCGAUGCGUCAGAAGUCCAGGCAGAAAAGGGAUUCGGAAGAAAGGCCUGAAAACCUGGAUGGAGAUGAACCCAGAGUUCAGUUCAGAAAGAGGAAUGACCGCCACAAGAAGAGGGACCCACUGGAACAGCGCUGCUGCUUCUUAUGCGGCUCAGCGGCCCACAUUAAGAAAGACUGUCAACUUUACAAAAACACUGCAGGUAAACUAAAGAAAGAGAGCGGCUCUCCUGCCUCUUCAGCCCACUUCAAGACUCUAAGAGCAAAAGAAAAGCAGGGUUUAGUCAUACAAGAAGAGAAGAAGAGAAAGCCAAAACAUGUGGUAUUGAGUCCUCAAACGGGCAGUUUAACCAAUUGAGGCGUGGCUCGGCCCGGCCACAGGAGGAGCCCAGUGGAAUAAACAACAGAAGGUUUACCGUCCACAACUUCUGUUCUCCUUCGGCGGUGGAACUCCUGGAAGUCCAGAACACCUCCAGUUUGGUACCCCCGGGCCGGUGGGGACCCGUUCAAAGCCAAAGCCGGAACAACCUGACUUGAAGCCAAUGAGGGCCUUUUUAUGUUUGUGCCGUGCCCCCCCCCCCUUCAGGGGAGUUUUUAAAGGUUUUCUUUUUAACAAAUAAUGUGCAUGAUUCUGCGUCUUUGUUCAGUAUUCUGUCACAUCUAAUGGAAGUUCAUUACAUCGAAGUCCAGAUCUUGGCAACAAUUGAUGAAAAAAGAAGUGUUGUGGGGUGAAGAAGACAUGUAAACUUUAUCCCACGGUGAGGGGAUCAGUUUCUUUUCAAAAGCUCUUUGAUUUUUUAAAAUUUUAUCUGGACACAACCGUUCCUGUCGCGAUGCACUGUUUCUCAGCUGCCAGCACAUGUUAAAGACUAUGCAUCUCCAAAUGCUGCAGAGUUCAGAGGGAUUUUAGAGUUUACACCGGGGUUUUUAACGGCUCUAGAUGAUCAUCUUGCACUGGUCCAGCUGGUGGCUUGCACUGCUAUAAACACUGCAAUCACUCAUAAACCUUGAAAUCUUGUUUGUACUCGUGACAGUUUGGUUGUGUCUCAAAGACUCCCUUCUUUCUUUGGAACUGACUGCUGUUCUUUGUGGUGAUCACAUUUUCUUUUCAUGCCAGCGUAGUUUUUUUUUUUUUUUUGAGUAAUGGAAAUGAAAAUUUUAGUUUGGAAUUAUGGAGCUUUCAGAAGGGGCCUGCUUGCCAUCUGUUUUGUGUGUCAAAACAGGAAAGUGAUAUUUAAUCUGAGUGUGGAUUAAACUAAAGUUUAAUAAACUGGUGCUUAAUCCAGA